AUGAAAUCCGCGCUUCUUUUCACGCUCGUGGUCGCCGCUGUCCAUGCUCAAAGCCCGCAAGUCAUCAGCCCUGCACCGAGGCGUGAAUCGAAUGAAAUCGACUGCCCUGAGUACUGUCUCGACGUGUACGACCCAGUCGGCGAUGGCGAGGGUAACACGUACUCGAACGAGUGCUACAUGAAGCGCGCAAAGUGUCACAACGAAACAACCCCUCCCGCCUGGAAGGACCUCGUUUUGAUCACCGGUAGCUCCACUGGCGAGCAGCCUCCCAGCAAGAAAUGUUCUACAGUCUGUCCUGACGUUGAGUUGCCAGUGUGUGGCUCGAACAGGGUCAGAUACGGCAACCCGUGCGAGUUGAGAAUCGCGGCCUGCGAGCACCCCGAGCUCAACAUUGUCGAGGAUUCUGGCAAGGCCUGCGUCGGAUCCAAGGUGACACCGCAGGAGGGAUAA